CAAAGACUUUAUAAUUCUACUACAAGAAACCUACAAAUCCUGCUCUCGGAAAAGCCUCCUUCUCCAACAUGGAUAUGUUUGCUCUCACCUGGGUUUUCUUAGCUCUCCACUUUUCGGGACACCAAGUCGGAGGCCAAGCAGAGCAACCCUGCGGCGGCCGCCUGAAUUCCAAAGACGCUGGCUAUAUCACCUCCCCAGGGUACCCCCAGGAUUACCCGUCCCAUCAGAACUGCGAGUGGAUCGUCUAUGCCCCUGAGCCCAACCAGAAGAUCGUCCUCAAUUUCAACCCUCACUUCGAAAUCGAGAAGCAUGACUGCAAAUACGACUUCAUUGAGAUCCGGGAUGGGGACAGUGAGUCUGCAGACCUCCUGGGAAAGCACUGUGGGAACAUCGCCCCGGCCACCAUCAUCUCCUCCGGCUCUGUGCUCUACAUCAAGUUCACAUCUGACUACGCCCGGCAGGGGGCCGGCUUCUCCCUGCGCUAUGAGAUCUUCAAGACAGGCUCUGAAGAUUGCUCCAAAAACUUCACAAGUCCCAAUGGGACCAUUGAGUCCCCUGGGUUUCCUGAAAAGUACCCGCACAACUUGGACUGCACCUUCACCAUCCUAGCCAAACCCAAGAUGGAGAUCAUUCUGCAGUUUUUGACCUUUGACCUCGAGUAUGACCCCUUGCAGAUGGGAGAGGGAGACUGCAAGUAUGAUUGGCUGGACAUCUGGGAUGGAAUCCCGCACGUCGGCUCCCUGAUCGGCAAGUACUGUGGAGCCCAAACCCCCUCCGAGCUGCGUUCAACCACGGGGAUCCUCUCUCUGACCUUCCACACGGACAUGGCAGUGGCCAAGGACGGCUUCUCCGCACGCUACUACCUGGUCCACCAGGAGCCCCUGGAGAGUUUUCAGUGCAAUGCCCCUCUUGGAAUGGAGUCUGGCCGGAUUGCUAAUGAGCAGAUCAGUGCCUCAUCCACCUACCAGGAUAGGAGGUGGACCCCUCAACAAGGCCGACUCCAUGGUGAUGACAACGGCUGGACCCCCAACUUGGACUCCAACAAGGAGUAUCUCCAGGUGGACCUCCGCUUUCUCACUUUGCUCACAGCCAUUGCAACACAGGGAGCCAUUUCCAGGGAAACCCAGAACGGCUACUUUGUCAAAUCCUACAAGCUGGAAGUCAGCACCAACGGGGAAGACUGGAUGGUGUACCGGCAUGGCAAAAACCACAGGAUAUUCCAGGCCAACACCGAUGCCACGGAAGUGGUGACAAACAAGCUGCACUCACCGCUGCUGACGAGGUUCGUCAGGCUCCGCCCCCAGACCUGGCAUACGGGCAUCGCCCUCCGCCUGGAGCUGUACGGCUGCCGUGUCACAGAUGCCCCCUGCUCCAACAUGCUGGGCAUGCUCUCGGGCCUCAUUGCUGACUCCCAGAUCUCCGCCUCGUCUACCCGCGAGUACCUCUGGAGCCCCAGUGUCGCCCGCCUGGUCAGCAGCCGCUCGGGCUGGUUCCCCCGGAUCCCACAGGCCAAGCCAGGCGAGGAGUGGCUGCAGGUAGACCUGGGAGCACCCAAGACCGUGAAAGGAGUCAUCAUCCAGGGCGCCCGUGGGGGAGACAGCAUCACGGCCGUGGAAGCCCGGGCAUUUGUACGCAAGUUCAAGGUGGCCUACAGCCUGAAUGGCAAGGACUGGGAAUACAUCCAGGACCCCAGGACCCAGCAGCCAAAGCUGUUUGAAGGGAACAUGCACUACGACACCCCUGACAUUCGGAGGUUCGAUCCUGUCCCGGCCCAGUUCGUGAGAGUGUAUCCGGAGAGGUGGUCGCCAGCGGGGAUUGGAAUGCGGCUGGAAGUGCUGGGCUGUGACUGGACAGACUCGAGGCCCACGGUGGAGACGCUGGGACCCACCGUGAAGAGCGAGGAGACCACCACCCUCUAUCCCAUCGACGAGGAGACCACAGAAUGUGGGGAGAACUGCAGCUUCGAGGAUGACAAAGACUUGCAGCUGCCUUUAGGAUUCAACUGCAACUUCGACUUUCCGGAGGAGCCCUGCGGUUGGGUGUACGACCAUGCCAAGUGGCUUCGGAGCACCUGGACCAGCCCCGCCAGCCCAAACGACAGGACGUUUCCAGAUGACCGGAACUUCUUGCGACUGCAGAGUGACAGUCGGAGAGAGGGCCAGUACGCACGCCUCAUCAGCCCGCCCGUCCACCUGCCUCGCAGCACUGUGUGCUUGGAGUUCCAGUACCAAGCCACGGGCAGCCGCGGGGUGGCGCUGCAGGUGGUGCGCGAAGCCAGCCAGGAGAGCAAGCUUCUCUGGAUGAUCCGCGAGGACCAGGGCAGCGAGUGGAGACAUGGGCGGGUCACCCUGCCCAGCUAUGACAUGGAGUAUCAGAUCGUAUUUGAAGGCGUUAUUGGAAAAGGACAUUCGGGAGAAAUUGCUAUUGAUGACAUUCGAAUUAGCACUGAUGUCCCACUGGAGAACUGUAUGGAACCCAUCUCAGCGUUUGCAGGUGAGAGUUUUAAAGGGGGCACCCUCCUACCAGGGACCGAGCCCACAGUGGACACGGUGCCCGUGCAGCCCAUCCCAGCCUACUGGUAUUACGCUAUGGCCGCCGGGGGCGCCGUGCUGGUGCUGGUCUCCGUCGCCCUGGCCCUGGUGCUCCACUGCCACCGGUUCCGCUAUGCGGCCAAGAAGACCGAUCACUCCAUCACCUACAAAACCUCCCACUACACCAACGGGGCCCCUCUGGCCGUGGAACCCACCCUAACCAUUAAGCUAGAGCAAGACCGCAGCUCACACUGCUGAGGCCCGAAGCACGGACAGCACCCAAACAAGAAAGACUGCAAACACGUUGCCUCGAUUUUGCACUUUUUCUCCUCGCCUAGUCCCUGUGAACUCGCAGACAGUGCGCUCUCCUCUCUCUCUCUCUCAUCUCUCUCAUUCUCUCUCUCACUCUCUCUCAUUCUCUCUCUCACUCUCUCUUGCUCUCUCUCUCUCUCUCUCUCUGUCUGUCUCGGGGCCCAACUCCAGUGCGCUCUUAUCCAGUCCCACCAUUCUCUCCCCGGGUUCAGUUUUGUUUGUUUGUUCAGUUCCUUUUGUUGAUUCCAAACCAACACCCCCCCAACUCUAAUGCUGCACCUUGGAAUAUGAGAAGAGAUCCAUCCCUAAGUCCUUCACAGCGCAAGGCCCGCCCGCCAGCUUCCUUCCCGAGCCUGGGUCCCUGUUCCUCCCCUUGGCCUUACCCUGUACCCCCCUCUCUGUGGGCACUCUGCCAGGAGACUCGAGGGGAAACGUGGAUCUGUGUGUCUGUAAAUAGUAUACAUUUGCGUGUGUGAAUUGUUACUCUGUGUGUGUGUGUGUGUGUGUGUGAGUGUGUGCGCGCAUGUGCGUGCACACCUGUGCAUAGAUGGAGAGAGACUGGUUCAUUGUUGGGGGGGGCGGGGAAUGUGUGUGGGUAUGUUCAGAGAAGGCCCCCUUUAACUAUUGUGUUACUUCCCCGGGGGCACAUUUUAUGAGAAAAUAAUAUACUGUACUAGUUUUGUUUACUUGGAGAAGAGAUUGAUGCUUUUUGUUGCCUUAUCUAGCUCUGGCUGGGUUUCUCUUGGCUACCAUUGUCAUCUCCAGGAACCUGAAAAAGUGGAGGCCACAUGAACUGUCAUGUGGCCCCUCCUGGCCCUGGCCCUGUCCCUGUCCCCUGCCCCACACCCUGCCCCGAGAGGCAGGUUCCCCCAUGCACUCCCAACGUGAACCCUUGUCAUGUCUCCUGCUAUCUUCGAGGUGACAAGAUCACAACCACUGGGUGCCUGUGGGGACCCUGUCUCCUUGGAGCCCUGAAACUAAUCUGUCUCAUGUUGCCUUAUAAAAGAGAAGCUCAUUAUGAAUGUUUAGCUUUUAUCGGUUAAGUCCAACCUUGGAACAAGUCAUAAAGAAUAGCGGAUCGGAUGUAGGAAUGGAAGCCUUGGCAAGUAACCUGUUGUAAGUUGAGAGGAGGAAAUGGGGGGAGGGGCAAGAAGGACGGCAAUGUCGUCUCCUCACCAGGGAGGCACUCAUGGUGCCUCCGUGAAUAAGAAGGUUCAAAAUGACAUUCUUCCAGUAUCAUCUUGGCUAUUGUGAUUCCAUUGUACAUGUGUGUGUGGCGGUGGGGGGGGGGGACCAUCGGUUCCCAUUUUUCGGUGUUUCUAUGUUUGCCUCAACCUCCACCCCCGGCCGUAGAAAGGCUGCCCACCUGACAAUUGACAUCCUGUGGGAGAGUAAAAGUAAUCUUUUGUUAAUGUACCAAUGUACUACCCCUCAAAGCAUUUUUUUUGGCAUCUGAUUAGCAGGCCCUCAGAGGUGGGCCUGGCAUCGCCAGAUGUUGCUGCAUCUUCAGAAGGAAGACGGAGCCACGGCUGCCCAUGUGUCCUCUGGAAACAACACAGGGCGUGGGCUGUGGGUGAUAGCUAAAUCACUCGAUAUUCCACAAAGGAUAGAUUCCAUCCUUGAAGUCAAUUCCGUUGAUAGAAAACUUGUCUUCUAACGAGUGGUUGGGUGUCCUGGGGCUCAGCCUGGUGCUGUUUAUCUCUCACCUUCCUGCUCUGAGUCCCCUGGGGUGGAGUAUAAGAUUCUCUCCAAAGAUGGUUGCCUGCAGGAAAACCUCCAGGUACCUUCUGAGAACAAAGUAUGUGGGUUUUUUUUUUCUUUUCUUGGCUGUACCGGAGAGAGAGAGAAAAAGACUGAGUGUUCUUUCCGAAGAUGCACCCAGGUUCCUCAACACACACUCUGGGGCUCACCUGAUUUGUUUCAUCUCCUAAAGAAGGGUGCUCUUCAGGGCUGGAGUGAUAGCACAGCGGGUAGGGCGUUUGCCUUGCACGUGGCCAACCCGGGUUCGAUUCCCAGCAUCCCAUAUGGUUCCCUAAGCACUGACAGGAGUAAUUCCUGAGUGCAGAGCCAGGAGUAACCCCUGUGCAUUGCUGGGUGUAACCCCCGACCAAAAAAAAGAAGGGUGCUCUUCGGUUCUUACUCUCAUUCAAAGAGCUGUUCUUUCUCCACCACAGUGGCCCACCAGGAAAAGAAAAGAUGAAAGGCGAGAGAAUAAGAUUUCAAAAGGGGUCCUGCCAGCUUAAAGAUGGAGAAACAAGGAGAAGCAGGGGGACGUAGGGGAGAGUUUGCAAACCUGUCUUCCCCAAGGGCUUUUUAAAUCUCCACCAUCCAUACAUCGUUGUUCUCCCUCAAAAUGAUUGACAUCAUUGUCGAUGCCCCGGGGAGGAGUCAUAUCCGGAAAUCCCACCUGAGGAUGCUAGUGGCAGUAUAGCAACUUGCUGAGCUACCUUACACCCUUGAGGAUUUCCCUUCUUGAAAAGAUGACAGUGACUUUGUAAGUGCACUACAUCUUUAUCUGAUGGCCCCCUGUGCGGCAUGUGCCGUAGCUGACAAUAUGCAACUACUCAACUCUGUGCAAAACCCGUCAUGCACCUCAGCUAGGGAUUAACCUCUCCU